UUACACAUACAUCGAGACAGCCCGAUCCGAGGUGAGCUCCACUUGUUCUCUCGUCUUUACAACGCCAUGUGCUCCCAUGUGCUGCCAUUAGGCUAACGCGCAUGGCAGGCCGCGAUGGGCAGGCAUGCCAACCCUGACAUAAGGCGAGCCUUUGAAGAAUUCCAAGACCAAGACACACCCUCGAAAUGUAAUAAAGUACGCUGUCUACACUGCGGCUUCGUGCGCGCAAAGAACACGACGCGCCAGAUUGAGCAUCUCCAAGACUGCCAGCGAUACCUCGCAUCCCCCGAGGCACAGUCCCAUCUGAUCGCGCAGGAGCAGCAGCAACAGCAGCAUCAGCCUCCGCCGCAAAAUGGAUUGCCUGUUGAUCCCAGUAUGCCCCCGGCUGGGCCCAGCCAGAUAUUGAAUGGCCAACAGCCCAACCCAAACCUCCAAGUGAACCGGCGCGGACCGAACAAUAAACGCGCCCGCGAUGGACAGCCUAUUGCACCAAACAUUGCCAUGGCACCCAAUGUUGCGCCCUCGCUGACGUCGCAUCUCUUGACCAUCUGCUCGGGGCCAUUUGCGCAGGCAACACAGCGACCCUUCCUAUCGCACGCCGGCUGUGGAUCAUUAGGCGCGGGGCCGUUGUCGCAAUGGCUCGUACAAGACGGGCACUAUGCGCGAGGAUACAUACGCUUCAUAGGGCAGCUGCUGGCCAAAAUACGACUGCCGCAGACGCACAAUUCGCAGUUCCAUCCCAUGUACCGCACCAUGGACCUUCUCAUAUCCGCCCUCAACAACAUGCGACGGGAGAUGCAGUUCUUUGAGAUCACCGCGACCAAGUACGGACUCGCAGUGGGCAUGGAUCCCCCAACACCCAUCACGCGCGCCAUGCUUGACCUUCUUGUAAGCGCGAGCAGUGCGAGCGCAUCACUUCUGGAAGGCAUGGUCGUAUUAUGGGCAAGCGAACAUUGCUACCGCUCCGCCUGGCAAUACGCCUCCUCCUUCUCUAGCACCCUCAACAACACCUCCAGCGACUCCCAUAUCGUCGCCCUCCACCAAGCCCUCAUACCGAAUUGGACCUCCCCCGCCUUCAGCAAAUUCGACGAGGCAACGCGCACACUAGUUGACGAACUAGCCAAUAUCACAACCACACGCGAUGGCAAGGAAGAGAUGUCGCGCUGCGAGGAAAUCUUCAGGCAAAUAUGCUGGCUCGAAGAGCGCUUCUGGCCCGACGUGGACAGCAUGGGUAACAACAACGAGAGUGCAAAUGCAAGAAUGGGUCCUCCGAUGAGCGGACCCAUGAGUGCAGGCUUGGAGAACAACAUGCAAAAUGGAAUGGCCAACGGUCUACCUGUUGCGGUCAACGGAAAUGGUAUACACAACCAUAACCAUAACCAUAACCAUAACCGUAACAACAGUAUGCCGGGACCCAGUAUGAAUAACAAUAACAAUAUACCAACAAACAUCCACGGUAAUCCCGUCAACGGGCGAAACAGCAUGAGCGGUCCCGUUCGCAAUGCUAGUAUCAACGGACCUCCCAUGCAGAAUGGCCCUAUCAAUGCGGCCAUCAACAAGCACGACAACACGCCUGUGAACGAUAACCGGAAUCCAUUUGGUUUGCCAAGAAAUGGUAUGGAGAGUGUGGGCCAGGGCUCGUAGUCUGAGUUUGAGGUCCUCCCGAAGAAUGCUGUGUGGAAGUGACAAGAGAGACGCUCGUGAGAAUUGUCUUGUUGGGUAUACCCUCUGGCGACUGUGGCGUUAGCGAGGAGUUUGGGGCUCUUAAUCUGGAUAGUGCUGGGAAGGAUGCCAAUUGUGUUAUUGUUUGAUAGGGUCUGGGAUUAGAUGGGUGGCUCGCAAAAGGAUAGUGUAUGAUAUUCCAGCCGUUAGAAUAUAGCAUGGAGUUCUUACGGGGUAUCAAAUACCUUGGUAUGGGUCUGGUAUAAAACGGUCUGGGCGGAAGAAGGUCAGAGUCUCAUUAUGUGCUUUAGUUUGCUGCAAGAAGGAUCCUAUCAUGUUCUGUAUCAUACGUCACCCACUGAGUAGUAUUUUUGGAGGUAUCUCUUAUGGUCAUUUUUAUGACACGUGUUAGAUGUAUGUAGUAUGCCCCUCGAGG